AUGAAGGUUAAGGAUUUGCAAUAUAGUCCCGAGGGAGAAAAAGUUAAGGUAACAUGGAGUGAUGAUCAUAUUUCGAAAUAUGACAUUGAGUUUAUACUCUCCUCACAGUUUCAAAAUUUCAAGAUGAAACAUUCUGUUGACACUUCCCCCAUAUUCUGGAAUGUUUCCAGCAUUCUGCAAAAUCGCAGUUGUCUAAAUGUAAAACUUGGUGAUCUUUGUACCUCUGACACAGUGGCCAAAGAUGUGGUGACUUCUCUUAUACGCUAUGGCCUAGCAUUUAUCCAAGAGGUUCCUCCAAAUAUUACCUCCACUGAGAUGGCAAUACGAAGACUCUUUCCCCUUAUGAAAACCUUUCAGGGUGAAAUGUUUACCUUUCCCGAUGUCUUUCUCCAAGAUGAAGUAACCAAGGUCAAAGCCUUCGUUGAACCCCAUACAGAUGGUUCUUACUAUUCUGAUCCAAUGGGCCUACAGGCAAUACACUGUAUAGAGCAGAGUGGAGAACGUGGUGAUAUUUUCUUUACUGACGGCUUUCACAUUGCUCGAGAAUUGCGCCAAAGAAAUCCCAAGGCCUUUGAUAUACUUUCCAGGGUUCAUGUACCAACACAAUUGGUGGUCAAGGAUGAACAUCACAAUUUUUCAGCUCCAACCAUUCGUGUUGAUCCCAUCACCAAGAAAAUUAAUCAAAUACGUUUGAAUAUGUAUGAUCGUUCGUUGUUCAAUACAUUACCCCAAUGCGAAAUGCAAGACUUCUAUGAAAGCAUGCGCGAACUACUGACAAUGGCAAACCAUAGUGAAAAUCGUUGGCAACUUCCUCUGGAGCCUGGUACUAUGGUCAUUUUUGACAAUUGGCGUUUGCUGCAUGGACGAUGUGCCUAUUCGGGAAAUCGAACUUUGGCCAGAGGUUAUGUACAAAGAACAGAUUUUCUAAGUAAGGCGAGAAUAAUGACUAUUUUAGAGUAA